GGUUCUCUGGGUAAAGGUUGGUGUUUUCCUUGGUCUCACUGUGUCCUCUUUGUCCUUCCAGGAGCUGGAAAGUGAGGUUGUGCAGAAGACAUCUGAAUGGCACAGUUCUUCCCAAGAAGCCUUUGAGGAGAAAAGGCCAAAGGGGAUGGAUUCCCUAGAGGCCCAGCUGGUUGGCCUGAGGCAGGAGCUGGUGGCCUUGAGCCAGAGCCAGGCUGAGGUGGAAAAAGAAUUACACCUUUGGCCAGAGAAGAUGGCGGCCCUGCGCAACGAGAUGGAGUCUCAGGUCCCAGCCUGGAUGCAGAAAUACCAUCUCGGAGACCAGGGCACUCAGGCUGGGCUUGUACAGCUCGUGCAGGCCCAGCUUCACGACCUGGAGCAAACACUGCUGAACCAUGUGGCAGAGGAGCAGGACAAGUCUGUCAACAAAAUUGCUACUGACUUGAGGCUGACCCUUCUAAAGGAAGGAGUGACCACCGGGGUGACCAAGGAGGAAGUGCAUGAGAUGGUGCAGCAGGCCCUGAAACUGUAUAGUGAAGAUCGAAUCGGGCAGGUGGAUUACGCCCUGGAGUCCUCAGGGGCCAGCAUCCUCAGUAGCCGCAGCUCAGAAACCUAUGGCACCAGGAUGGCCAUUGUCAGUCUGUUUGGCAUCACCUUGUGGUACCGUAUCCAGAACCAAAGAGCCAUCCUCCAGCCAAAUGUCUACCCUGGCAACUGCUGGGCAUUCCGGGGCCCCCAGGGCUUUGUUGGGGUUCGCUUGUCUGCCCUCAUCCACCUUACCGCUGUCACUCUGGAGCACGUGCCCAAAGCCCUGUCCCCAGACAGCGACAUCACCAGUGCCCCCAAGGACUUUGUCAUCUUGGGUCUCAAUGAAGAUUCCCAGGUGGAGGGGGUGGCCCUGGGUCAGUUCACCUAUGAGAAUGCUGGGGAGGCCAUUCAGACCUUCCCCUUUCAGGGCAACGGCACAGCUCCAUACCAACUGGUAGAGCUUCGAGUAUUGAGUAACUGGGGUCACCCGGACUAUACCUGCAUUUACCGUUUCCGGGUCCAUGGCAAGCCUGCCAAUUAGCACCUCCCUCCGGGAUCCCUUCACCCUUUCCUC